AAUAUGUUUAGUUACGUUCAAAAGCAAAAGUUUUAAAUAUUUUCUGUUUGAUAAUACUAAGUUUUCUUGCGUUUAAUUAGAAGGAAAUACAAAGUUAUUAAUAUCAUUAAAAUGGAUACUGCAAAGAAAUCUAAAGCCCAUAGUCAUUUCUUAGUGAGUUACGAGAAAAACUCUUUCACUUAUUACAGCAUUAUAAAGAGCAGCGAAGUGAUCAGUCCAAGAAAGUUUUCGUUCAAAGAACCUGUUUACGUCAGACUUCCCGACGUGAUUGCUUUGUGCAAAAUACUUAUGACUUCAAAUGAUGUGACUGAAUUGAUGAGUAUAGUUGUUAACAUGGAGAAACACUACCAUGCAGUAGUCGAAAGGUUCGAAGCGAAAAAACGCGAAAUCCAAGAGGCAAGAAACGAACCAUCGAUCAGACAGGAUGAAGACAGGAUAAUCACUUUCGGUCCGAACGGAACGAAAAUCUCUGCAGUUCAUAUGAGUCGGAUAUAUUGGAACGAUUACAAGGCUGCAACGUGCAAUUUACUUUACGCUGUGUUCACUGAGGAAACGUUAGCAACACACACGUUGACCGGAAGGAUACGUCCAAAACCUCAGUUGGAUCCGAAGAAAGUCGAGGAUAUUUCUGCAAUCGUCAAAGAAAAGUGCGGUGUACGUAUACUCGAAGUGCACGAAGUGAUUGCGAAACGAUGCAACGCGUUGCACAUGAAAUAUUUAAGGCGAAUGGAAAAAUUAGACCAAGAAAAUGAUCAGUAAAAUACAGGUUUUUUUUUAUCAUUAAAAUUUUAGUGAAUCAUUAAUAUUGUAGUUAUUCAAUAAUAAUUUGAAGCUAGAAUAUAAAUAUUACCGAUUUUGAAUAAAAAUUGUGAUUGUUAUAUCGAUUUUUCUCAAAGGCUGUUAGAAAAAAAAAACAGAAAAUUUCGAAA